UUAUCUGUGGACAAGUUAUAGUUAAAUUACAGUAGGCAAGCGGCAAGUCUAUUUUAUUCACACAGAAUUUAAAUUGUUUUUUAUUUACGGUCUAUUACCUAUUUAUGUAAUUUAUAUAAUUUCUAUCGAUUCCGCUUGCUAGUAUCUAAUAUCUUACAUUCAGUUAAAAAAUCAUGUGCCACAAACGUUUAUGUUCUAUUGUAACGUAGUUCUGGCCCUUUUAAUUUUGGUGAUCUUAUAAAGUUAAAAUCAAACAAGAUGUUUAAUUACAAGUAUUUAUCUCGGGAACAUCUCGAAGGAUUUGACAAUUACAAGUAUAUGUCAAAAGACACCAGUCCUCUCAGUGUUUAUGUUAUGCACCCAUUUUGGAAUAAAGUUGUAGAGCUAGUACCAAGAUGGGUUGCACCAAAUGUUUUAACAUUUUCUGGAUUUCUCCUCACUGUACUUGAUUUCAUAUUAUUAUCAUACUAUGAUUAUGACUACACGGCUGCCAGUGCAGUGGUGAAAAACGAAACUGUGGUGGAACCACUGAAUGGCAGGACCGAAGUAAUACCCCAAACGCUGUGGUAUUUUCUGUCAGUGUUCCUGUUUUUGGCAUAUACCCUGGAUGGUAUUGAUGGUAAACAAGCCCGUAGAACACAAACAUCAGGUCCGCUUGGUGAACUUUUCGACCAUGGACUGGAUUCAUACUCAGUUUUCUUCAUACCGGCUUGUCUUUAUUCCAUAUUUGGUCGACUGGAUUUCUCCAUUCCACCUAUAAGAAUGUAUUAUGUGAUGUGGAACCUUCUUUUGAAUUUCUACAUAAGCCAUUGGGAGAAAUACAAUACUGGAGUAUUGUUCCUGCCCUGGGGAUACGAUUUUAGUAUGUGGGCAUCGACAUUUUUCUUUAUGUGGACUGGGGUAAAGGGAACAGGGUACUAUAAAAAGUACAUUUUUGGCAGCUAUACCUUGGCCAAUGCCUUCGAGUGGGUCAUAUAUGGUACGGGUGUGUUCACCAAUCUACCAGUUGCCUUGUAUAACAUAUAUUUGUCAUACAAACUUCGCACCGGCAAAAUGCGUAAUCCACUAGAAGCAAUACGACCAGUUUGGUCAAUUUUGAGUGUUUUUCUGGUGACAUCGGUGUGGGUCCACAAAUCCCAUUUGGUGGAGGUCGAGCCACGAGGAGUGUUCCUACUGAUAGGCACUUUGUUUAGUAACGUUGCUUGCCGGCUUAUAGUAAGUCAAAUGAGUAAUCGGAGAUGCGAUGCGAUCAACUGGCUUCUAUGGCCGUUAAGCGGCAGUGUCAUAGCAUCGAUUUUCUUCCCGGGAUACGACCUGGCUAUAUUCUACGCUCUGACGCUUCUAGUAAUCGUGGCUCAUGUGCAUUAUGGCGCUUGUGUGGUACGACAAAUGUGCGAUCACUUCAGAAUAAGAUGUUUCUUCAUAAAACAACGUGCAGAUUGACUUUUGGAAGACAAUGUGUGCUGAUAACAUAACAUAACGUCAAUAGCAUUUAUUCAAAAUUCGAAUUCAAAGACAUUUAUCGUUUACAUGUGACGUAUGUCACAGAUGACAUGUGUCAAAUAUAUUUGACAAUCAUGUCUUGUUUGAUAUAGCGCCAAUUAAAUAUUUCUAAAUUAAUAAUGAAAUAUAUGUCCUGUUUGACUAAAACUAAAUCAUAUCAGUCAAAAACGGUUUUAUUUAAAAAAAAAUGAUUGAUUUGAUGAUUUUUUUAAAGUUUCGCUGUAGUUUUUCACUGUUUUAUAUUUCCUAUAGAACUUAACCAAACUUUAUUCACUCAGUUUUUGAUUGGUCAGUGUUAGUUUUUAAUCGUUACGUCCAAGUCUGACAAUUUAUUACAUUCCCUGUGAACAAAUAUUCGUAUCGAGUAAACUAUACGAUUACGCACUCUAUACUAUUGUAGUAAUCGGCACUCUACAUUAGGUUAAGCGUAACUGCUAUUGAGUUCCAACUAUGCCCACGGAGCGCUCAAGUUUUUCAUACAAUAAUAUAGUGAAUUAUUCCGUUAAAUUAACAUGUAUUCAAUUUAAAUGAACGGUAUUUAUGAAUGUAAUUGCAUUCUUUUUAACAAGCCUCCUUCAUCUCAUUCGUGCAUAUAGCGUUGACGCUAUGAUGAAAAGAGACAUUAAUAACGGUGCAAUUAAAUUGGUUUUGUUUUUCAAUUUUGUCUUUUGGAUUCACCAUCAGAUUUAGAUUUAGAGAUAAAAUUUGUUAUAAUCUGUGGCCUGAUAAAUAAUCAAAUCCGGAAGAUGAUUUAAGUUUGGCAGAUUGGCAACAUUUACAUUGAUGUGGAUCUGUGCAAGCGGAUUUCUCUUUGGCGCGUUUAUGUUAUGUUAUUACAGUUUUUACAUUUUACAGCACGCAUUGUCAUAUUGGAAAGAAAUUAAUUUUAAGUAUAUUUUUUUAUGUAUAUAUGGGUUCUUUUGACCAAAAUUGAAAAUGCAACUGCAUUUUGAAAUCAAGAUUUUUUCCUUAAAAUUUAGUCAUUUGUAUAGAAUUGGUAUUGCUUAUUCAAACUGAUGUAAAAAUGUCGUAACCAUGGUAACAAAUCUAGUCUGUGGUACUCUGUAAUUUUCGGUACAAAAACAUAUUACCUUUGCUAUUGGGAAUUACAGUACUGGUGCUGUUAUAUGGUUUUAGAGGACGCUCAAUUCAGAUUUUUUAAAACAGAUUUACAGUUAUGUUGCUCACUCCAUUAGAAAAUAGUACAAUAUGUCAGGUCUAAAAAGACAAAAAUCUAGGUUUUAGGUGAAAUUAGAUUUGACCGGGUUUUCACAGGAAACAAUCUGGAACUUCUAGAUGUUUUUACUUAUUACAUAUUUGUUCUUUACUCCCGCCGAUGUUAAUUACUGCUUUUUAAAUAAUUUUAUAUAUUUAGUUGAUGUGCUUUAGAAUUUAGUGUAAGAUAUGUGGGGACAUAUUUCUAAGCAUGACUAGUAUUACAAAAACUAGUCAACGAUAAAAGAGUUCCCGCGUAUCUUAACCUAAUACAUUUAAAUAGUCAAUUGUUAUUAAUUAUAAAAAAAAAAUUAUAUUAACAAAUAUUUAUUUGAAUUUAAUUUAGUAAAUGGUGUGUUAUUUACAUUUCAUAGUUUUAAACCUCAAAAUGAAAUCAGAUUUACUGUUUUAUCUCUUUUCACUACAUUAUAAUCAUAAUUAGACAGAAAGAAACGACAAUAUUUUUUAAAGGACAGCUCAGUUUGACUCAUUUUCUUUUUAUAAAUAUUUUAAUAUGUAUACAAAGUUGGUUUUCUUCACUAAUGUAAACCUGCCAAUGCGUUAAUUUAGCUAUACACAUUUAUAGUUUAAUUAUAAACCAGAUUUAAAUUAAUUAAUCAAAAGGUGUAUUAAAUGAGAUUUUUUUAUUGUGUUUUUUCAAUCGCGGUUUAUUAGAAUUAAAAUAAUUCGAAUUAGCAGUCAUGUCAAUUACAAAUGUUUUGAUGCAAACAGAAAUAUGUAACAAAAAUCCUGUUCACUCAAUUAAAUAUCUAUAUAUAUAGAUUAUAGAAAUGGGGCUGUUUAUUAUAAAAACUUGACGUUUGCCUAACUCAUGUCAAUAUCUUGCCUUUAUGCUUUCCAUAAGAGGUUUUGACUUAACAGGGUUAUUGUUACAUAUUCAUAUAUUAAUAACAAUAUUCAGACCGAUGGUUGUAUUUA